AUCCCACUGGUUUCGUUUGGAAGCCAAGCACCAAGCAAAAUUUGAUGAUGUUUUCAUGAGCUUUUGAUGUGGGUCGUGUAUUGUGUAUUAUAAAAACGUCAUAUUUAUAAGUAAAAACCAACGGUUACGCUAUAUUUCUUGUUAAUCAGUUCAUGGAAAUAAUCAUUUGGUGCUAUACAAUGUUAUUAUAGUAGGCUUUUGCUUAUUUGAAACAGUAUGCUUGUGGUGUGAAUUAAUUUACGGUACUUGAAAAUUCCUAGUUUCCCGGUCAGAUAUUUUACGGUUUCAAGUGAUGAUAAAUUAUUCAUCAUGGGAAAAUUCAAAAAAGAAAAUUCAAAAAAUGCAGCAAAAGAUGUACCCGUAAAUUUGGAAUUUAUUCCUGAAGAUCUAGACACAUUGUAUAGAUUGACUAAACUUUGUAAGAAUGCACCAUGUCGGCGGAAUUGCAAGUCGAGUCCUCGUUGCUUGUCGGGACUUGGAGAGGCGCAGUGGCUGAAAAAUAAAACUGAGUUGGAAACGUUUGAGGAUCCCAAGGACCAAGUGCGGACUCCUGGAGCUCAUGUUGGCUUGGAAAAUCUUGGAGCGACAUGCUAUGUUAAUAGUUUACUACAACUUUGGUUUCAUACACCUCAGUUUAGGAGAGCAAUUUUCGAUUGGGACCCUUUGGAAGAUGCCUGCGAACUGAGCAAUCCUUCAGUAGUGGACUACAGUCUCUACCACCCAAUCUCUCAGAUAGGUCAACUGCAGGUUCUGUUCUCCUUGAUGAGCUGUUCGAAGCGAUGCAACUUGAAUCCCACCGAGUUCAUUCAAUCGCUUGGAUUGGAUACAUCCACCCAACAAGAUGCUCAGGAAUUUUCGAAACUUUUUUUGAACCUUUUGGAAACAAAAUUGGAAAGUCAAUCGUUGCUUCAUGUAAAGAAUUUAGUCUCUGAUAACUACAAAGGAGAAUAUUCUUAUGUAACCAGAUGCUCCAAGUGUAAAACAAAAUCCAUCAAUCCAUCUCAGUUCUUCGAGUUGGAGCUGAAUGUGAAGGGCAAUAAGAACUUGGACGAGAGUCUGUCUGAGUUUUUGAAAGAAGAAAAACUGGAUGGAGCCAACUGCUACAGUUGCGCUGUCUGCAAUCAGAAGCAAGAAGCUGCCCGAUUCAUAGACAUCAAAAGAUUGCCUCCAAUCCUUAAUUUCCAGUUGAUGAGAUUCGUGUAUGACAGGCAAAAAGGAGACAAGAAAAAGUUGAACACUCCCAUCCAAUUCCCAGAGGUUCUGGACAUGAAGAAGUACGUGAAAGAUGUCGAAGAAGGCCAAAACAUGUAUCAACUGACUGCUGUAUUAGCUCACAGAGGUCUCAGUGCCAACUCUGGACAUUAUAUUGCCUACAUCCAGGAUAAUGAAUCAGGUGACUGGUACACUUUCAAUGAUGAAAGUGUUGAGAAAAAUACUGACGGAAAAAGACUGAAACUCAAAUUGGAUGAAGAUGACGAAUUUGGCAAAAAGAAUGGCACGAAUAGCAGAGUUCCAAAAGGGUUUCUGUCUUCAACCAAAGCAUACAUGUUGGUCUACAGGAGGGUCUCUGCGGAUAAUCAAAGUUCUGACAAGUCGCAAAAUAAAUUUGAAAUAAGCGCGCUCUCUGAUAGAUUGCAAGAAUAUAUAAUUCGACAUAACAAGGAGUUCGAUAACUGGAUUGAAGAAACUACUCGUUUGAGAGCUAGCUGUGUUGAAAGUGGACUCGAAUUCACAGAGCAGAUGAAGACGUUGUACAACUCACUGGCCAUUCCUGAGAACGCUGACUGGUCAGUGAUUGAUGCGAUAUCUACUAACUGGAUCACGCAUUGGCUCAAAUCGUGCGCUAAUAAGACUGAACCCAUCGAUAACAGCAAAUACGUCUGUUCCCACGGAUGUCUCAAUCCAGACCAAGUUACCAAUGUCAAAUAUGUACAUACACCGGCGGCAGAUGAGUUGUACAAGAAGUAUAGCGGUGGACCAAGAAUCAAAGGAGAGUCCAUUUGUUGCAAAGAGUGCACUAAUUCAAGGAAUAGACUAUUAUUUUUAAAAAAUAAGCUAACCGAUGAUGCCAAGGAGAUAAGUAAUCUUCUCAAGUCGAAAAUGGAAGACGGUGAUCCAGGCUUCUGGGUUGAUAAGGAAUGUUUAAAAAAUUGGAAAUCCCGAGUUGAAUUGGAGAGGAAUGAUGCCGAAGUCAACUCAAAUCGCGAAGUAGAUGACGAGAAGAAAGAAAGCGACUCAUCAACUCCGUCUCCUCAACAAGUAUCUGAUCCGGCCAGUGCCACCGAGAAGGAAUCCAAUUUUCAAAACUCAAAUUCUGAAAUUUGUUCACCAGUUAAAAAAGAAUCCCCGUCCAAAGUUAAAAAAUCGCCAAAACCUGUUGAGAAGCUCACGAAUAACGGCUUGAACAAAAGGUCUCUCACGUUAAGUGCAUUGCGCAAUUUCAGGAAGAGACAAAAAUGCGAACCAGAUAACAACGAUGUUAUAGAUGAAAAAGACGCAAAUGACGCAGAUGAACGCUCACUUACACAAGUAUCACUGAAACAAAGACUUGAACAAGUGACCAAUGGUGAUAUUUCCUGUGUUGAUCAGUCGACAAAAAAUCAUUCAGAAACUUUUACCACAAUUGAUGCAAUUCUAAGCCGUCUAAACAUUGCUCUAAACAAAAUCAAAACUGAAGACUCUGAUCUAUUAUGCGACGUGAAACGGGAUUGGAUACUACUAAACUCGGUUUACUCAAUCUUGAAGAAGAAUAUCACAAACUCUGAUCAAACUACGAUUUGUACCGAUGCUAACAAUCGCAAUAAUGAAGCCCCUGUUAAGUUAGACAAGUCUGUGCUCAAUUCUAGCCCUAAAACUUCUCCCAGAAAAAUUAGGAAUGUAGAAAUUGAUACAAGCUGUAACGUGAGUAAAGGCUGCUCUAGUCCUACAAAGGAUAGCGUAAGAAAUGUUGCUGGGAAUUUAAAUAGUGAGAACACACAUGCGGUACUUGACUUGACAGACCAGAAAGUGAAUGACAGUGAAAAAUUAGACGAAUGUAAGAAGAGUAGUAUAAAGAGUGAAGGUGACGGUGACGGUGAAGUCGGUGAAGAUGGCGAUAAUGAUGUUGAUGAUAAUGAUGGUGACGACGAUGAUUUACCCUUCAAUGAGCGACUUGUUUGCGGUCAUGGUAAUCUCAGUGCUGAUGAAUCAAUCCGUCGACUUGUUCCUGUUAAAGUUUGGGAAAUUUUAAUAAAAUACUUCCCAAACUGCAGGACAUUCGCUCAUGAUACUAUUCCUUGCCAAAAGUGUCAGAGUUUGGCGAAUGCAGAUGAAGCUGUGAAGGGUCGGCAAAGACAAGCAGCUCUUGCACAAAAGGAGCAGCUCAAAGACCUGUUCAUUGGACGCAGUAGACAGUUGGUGCCUGGCGUGUACUAUAUAGUGUCCAAAGACCAUUUUGUUGAACCCUGGAGAAUAUAUCUGAGGAAACCGGAUGAUGAAAAUGUAAUUAACAGCCUCAUGACUUCUAUGCUGUUGUGUCCACAUAAAAAGCUGUUGUAUCACCCAGAAAUUGAUAGUGAAAGGUUAUGCAUUUUGAAAGAGAAUGAGUGGGAUACUCUCAAAAACUUUUAUUCUCACGAUGCGACUAUUGAGUAUAGGCCAAACGGAGAUGGAAAAUUUGAAACAGAUCCUGAGAUCUGUUAUCCUUGUCUGUUGGAACGACAUGAAGAAGAGGAAAAAGCCAGGUUGAACUUCGAAUCAGCCAAUGUGUACGUUCAGAAGGUGAACUCCAUCAAUCUGCCUGCAGUAGCUGAGGAAGUGGAUGAGCCCAAGGGUAAAAAGAUGAAGCUUGAACCUGAAGCCCAGCUGCAGAUGAUCAUUCAGAAGUCGAAUUCUUUUGUGCGACGCAGCUCCAGACGUAAAAAAGUGAGAGGCGAAAAGGCCAUCCCAGUUUCGUCAAGCACUCUCAUCAGAGAUUUCAAAGUUGCUGUGAUGCAAUCAUUCAAAGUGGCUACCUUUGAUCAGCACUUGGUUACAGAAUGUGGCAAAGUGCUGAAAGACAACACAGCUACAUUCCGUCAAAUGGAAAUCUAUCCUGAAUCCACUAUUUUUCUCAAGGUGGAAGAGGAUAUUGGCGAAGACGCACAGGAGCCUUCAUUUAAUGGCGCUAAGCGUGAACCAGAAGCUGGCUUCAAAGGAACAAAACUCUUUUCGUGAAGAACUCUUCUCGCUUCAUAGCCGAAGAAAACUCUGGAUAGUAGGCCUAAUAAAAAGGCCAGGAAUAGCCGAAUAGUGGCUAGCCAUCAAAGGGAAAAGCAGGAGAACAACGUCGAAUUGAAGAUUGAGAGUAGUCUACACGAUCGACUCAUUUUGUAAAUUUAAAAUAACAUUCUAAAUAAUAGUCACUAUGUAUUUCACAUCUCUGAGAGACCUAAGUAGAUCUAUAAGUGUAAUUUUAAGAGUUGAUUUUCGUAUUUAUACUACUUGAUAAUGGAUUGUAAUACCAAUGAUAUUACAGAUUAUGGUAGAAUUGGGAUAUUGGUGGAAAACUGAAUUGUUUUGUAAUAAUUACCAACGGAAUGACCAAACGGAAUGAUUUGUUUCAGAUAUGUAUUAGGUGGUAAAACAUUGUAUUCUGGCUAUUUCCAUCGUAAUUACUCUGAAUUUCAGGUUAUUCUCCUGUUUAAAAGCUUAUGUGAUUCAAGUGACGAUUACGAGCCCUACUUGGUAGUUUUAAAUCAUACCUCGGAAGUAUCAUCUUUCAUUUUUAAUAUUUCAUUACAGAUUGCUAGCUUGAAAUCGUCAGUUUUUUGAGGGCCUACAACAUAAUUAUGCUUUUGAUUACAAAACCCAUAAAAGAAAAAGUAAUCAUCUCAAUUCGGAGCAGGUCAAGCAAGAUCACCUCUGAUAACACGAUUAAAAUAAUGCUUCCGAUAUAAAUAUAUAUAUAUAUGCGACAUCACUCGAGUCACAUAAUUUCAAGUCCGUCAAGAAAAUAUUGUUUUUUACUUUUGGCUUCUUAUAACUAUUUCAAAACAAUCCAUUAUUUCUACUGUGCCCUGUACAAUACUAGUAUAUCUAUUACUAUUAUUUGCCUGCCCUCCAUUUUAAUAAACAAGGACUUGAAUGAAUUUUCAUAUAUUAUUUAUUUUUCAUUUUUCCACAUUAAUAUUACUUUUUGCGGCUUGAAAUUAAUUUGAGGAAUGACCAAUAUAAAUGAACUGAUUGUUUUGUAAUUCUAAAUUGAAUCUUGUGUACAAAGUUCGCUCAUUCGUGUAAAAAAUUUGCUUUUGUAGUAUUUAAGCCUCUUAUCAAUUUAAUUAGCUAUUAUUUAUUUAACUAUUCUUGAUAAUUUGAAAAAUAUCUAUUACUUUUUAUCGGUAUGAGUUGAAAAAUUAUUCUUGUUACACAUAUUUUGAGCGUUUUGAUUCUAGUAAUUUCUAGCUCAUUUUAGUGAAUUGUUGUAUCCUUAUAACAAAUCAUUGUCUUACAAAUCAUCGCAUUCUCUUUUAAUUCAUUGUUAUCAAGGGACCACGGAUCAUGGAACUUCAUGAUAUCAAAACAGUAGCUUCAUUUCAAAACAUUACUAUAAAAACUAUACAAAUCUUGAUGAAAAUUGUAAAGUAUAUUACUUCUCCCAAGACCCUCUUGCAAAGCUACAUUAAUGAACUUUAAUAUAAUUUUGUUUAAUUAUUAUAGUUCGCCACUUUCCAAAUGCUAUUAACUUUGCUCUCUAGUCACAAUAUCCAUAAAGGAGAUAUCGAUCGUCAUUGUUCUUUGGUUUACCAUUUACGAUAUUCAUGUUGAAUGAAAAAUUCACAGAAUAAAUAUAAUUAUUGUAACCUUGAUAUUUUAAAGACAGUUAAAGAAACAUACAGCAAUGUACUAUUAAUCUUGCCUCUGUGAGUUGACUGCAAAUCCGGCAGUCCAGUCACAAAAACUACAAAAAGUGCCAAAGUAAGAUAAUUAAAUUGAUUCUUAAUUUAUAAGUGGAGUGAUGGGGAAAUUUUGUUAUUUACUUUUUUCAUUCUCCGCGAACCUCGUACUGAGCUGAGCUUCGCAGUGUAACAAUCUGUUUCACAAUUGAUCACAACUGUGAUGAAAAAUUAACAAUUGCUUGACUUUUAUCUAAAAUUGAAUAGAAAACUUGAAAUAAAAUUUAUUGGGGUACGUACAGUAUUGUUCAAUUUGGAUAACCUGAGUAAUGAUUCCUAUUUCAAAUAAUAUUAUCAGUCCAGUCAAAUGGUCAUUUUCCAGGAAACAGCCCCAAAAGAGUUUUCCUCGUUGGUUCAAUAUGUAUUUCGCGGCGCUGAAUUCGAAACUGAAAUUUGCUGACGCCAGACGACAACUUGAAAACCCACAAAUUCUGAACCUUUUUUCAUUUUAUUCUGUGUUUUUCGAGAAAACCCAUUCUCUUCAAAAUUGAAGAGAAUAGCAUUUCUAAUAAAUUAAGUGGUAGUUUUCCUCACUACAAAUCCUGGAAUUAAGUGCAUGUAAUGGCUGAUUCUCUUAGAACAUAACCCUUGUAUAACAAUAUGAUUCAAGCUAUUGAUUUGACAGGUUACGUAGACCUUCGAAAUUUAUUGCAAUGAAAAAUUUUUACUUUAGUUUUCUGUUUUUCGAGUUUUCCCUGUCCAUCCUAUACUAAAUUCCUGAAGAAUCUUGUUGAGAAUUAAUUGUAUUUUUAUAUGAAAUGCGUUUCUUCAUGAUUACUUUAUAAUAUUCCAAGUUGUAUGUCUUGUAUAGAGUGAUAGUAUUGAGUUUCCAGAAUUUUAAAAAUACCCGUUUUUUUUUUUUUGAAAAUCUGUAGCUCCAAAAUCAGGAAUCCUGCGCGACCACUCAAUUUAAAAAAAUCUAUUCUCUUUAAUUGUGUAGAGAAUGCUUUUUCUAGAAAAAAAUAAGAAAAUUUAAAAAAAGCUCCAAGAUGGGGGUUUUUAGGGGUGAAGCCGCCGUCUGACCUGUCAGCAAAUUUCAGUUUCGAAUUAAACGCCGCAAUGGGACCGACCAGUAAAAUUCUUUUGGGGACUGUUUCCUAAAAGAUGACCAUUUGAACUGGAAACUCUUCUAUACAGCUUUCUGCUCACUGAACAAUUCACAGUUUGUUCUUGCACAUUAUAUUUGGAUAUUCUGCCAAAAUAUAAGGAUUAUGUUUCAAAUUCAUGUCUAGAAGACUUGACUAAGUUUUCAAAGCUUGUAAGUGUAACUAUGAAUACUCUAAUAUUAUAUUUUCUACGAAGGAAAACAUACAACAAAUGGGGCCUUAAAAGGAUCUUAUCAAACAAUUUUCAAACUAUUCUAUAUUAAUGAAAUUUGUUGAAUGAGAUGUGAUAUUUUUGUAUAUUGUUUAUUUCCAUAACUGAAAAAACACAGUUUUUUGUCACAUCCACAUUUAUUAGACUUUCACACAGGGAUUCAGUUUCGUGUUGAAACCAAUUAAUGUUAAAAUCAAGAAGAUGUGGUGGUUUCAACACGAAACUGCAGUUCUGUGUAAAAGUCUAAUAAAUGUGGAUGUGACAGAAAUAAAACUGUGUUUUUUCAAUUAUUUAUUAUUAGUUAUUUAUUGUUAGUUUAAGCCCAUUGAAUCAUUAUUAUUUGUCUGUCUAACAAUGUAUAAUCGACAUGAAAUGUUUCAAUAUUUUUUCGAACUUUCUAUUUUUUUAACUUUGAAGUAUCACUCACUUUCAUUCAAAUUUAUUAUUUUUCUAUAAAAAUCGAGUGAGUUUAGAAAUUAGGUAAUUGUAUGUUGUUGAUUAUCAAGUUGUCAUCUGUUGAUUAGUAACUCUCAUGGAUCUAUGUUAAAGUUGGAUUUUAAAUGUUGAGUUGAAUAAAAACAAAUCAACCAUU